GGUGGGUGAACUCAGUGUUGAAUUGGGUCCUCAUGAUGACUCGGGCUAGCCUUCUUCGUUCAAGCUGAAACGAAGAAAUUUGAGGUCUACCGUUUAGCAAAAAAUGAUAGCAACAAUGACUGCUUCUUCUCCUACUUGUUGUAUAUCUUCUUCUUCUACUCCCUCCUCAGGAUUAUGGAAUCAUAGACCCAUUUGUCGUCUUCCAUCUGCUUCUUCUUCUGUAGAUUCCCACCCCAAAUGCCGAUGGAAUCCUCAACAACAGGGUUUGACUUCCUUCUCGUCUUGGGAUGGUCUCAGGCUUCUGGGUGUCUCAAUUCCCAAACAAUCUGCAAAAAUUGAGAGGAAGAAGGCGUUUAGGAGAUGUAAAGGAAACAACGGCGUGAAUGCUUCUCUCUUUGGAGUUGGAGCUCCUGAAGCCUUGGUGGUUGGUGUCGUGGCCUUAUUGGUCUUUGGCCCUAAGGGUCUUGCUGAGGUUGCUAGGAAUUUGGGGAAGACAUUGCGUGCUUUUCAACCCACAAUCAGAGAGCUGCAGGAUGUUUCCAGGGAAUUCAAGAGCUCUCUUGAGCGAGAGAUUGGUCUUGAUGAAACUCAAGAACAAUCGCGAAGAAUGUAUACUUCAAACACCAUGGAUUUCACUUCGGUUUCUCAAACAGACACUGAUGAUCCAGUUGGUAUCCCUUCUUCAAAAAGAACCAGUGAAGAAGAUGAAUACUCCAAGUUAGCAGAAGAGCAAUUGAAAGCAUCUUCUGUUGCUCAACAGCAGAAAGAAACACCUCCUCCUCUAGAGUCCAAUCAGUCUGAUUUACAAACUUGAAGAAGAAAGAAGAUUUCUGCCUUUUUCAUGUCUCUGAGUUUUGUGGAUCUUAGGAACAUAUGAUUUUUUGUAACCAUAAGUAAGAAAUGACAACAAACAUCUGUGACAAAAAUAUAUGCAUUCUGAGCUAGUAUUGUUGUUUUGAACUUAUGUGUAAAUCUGUGUUCAACGCCUAAAAGGGUACACUUCUUAAUAAGCUUUCAACUGCUUACUUAUGA